AUGAGUGCGUAUUUGAUCGCAGCCAUUUAUCUGUUUGUGGUGUUUCUGUCAUCAUCGACGGUGUUCGGGUCCGAGGGGGAUGAAGUCUAUGCCAAAGAGAUUCUGGGCGCAGCACAGAAGGAGAAGGAAUGGUUGGUUUCAGUGAGAAGGCAAAUCCACGAACACCCAGAACUGGCUUUCCAAGAACACAACACAAGUUCUCUUAUACGCACUCAACUUCACAAACUUGGCAUACCUUACACAUACCCAGUUGCCAAGACCGGCGUCGUUGCGCAAGUUGGCUCGGGUUCCCGCCCCAUCAUUGCUAUUCGUGCUGAUAUGGAUGCACUCCCGUUGCAGGAGCUUGUUGAGUGGGAACACAAGAGCAAAAUUGACGGCAGAAUGCAUGCCUGUGGACAUGAUGCUCACACCACCAUGCUACUUGGGGCUGCAAAGUUGCUUAGCCAGCGCCAAGAUAAGCUUAAGGGAACUGUAAGACUUAUUUUCCAACCUGCUGAGGAAGGAGCUAAAGGUGCCUCUCAAAUGAUAAAGGAAGGGGUGCUUCAAGAUGUAGAAGCAAUUUUUGCAUUACAUAUUGAUCCUACAACCCCUACUGGAGCUAUAGCAUCCAUUCCAGGUGCAUUGACUGCUGCUGGAUGCCAGUUUGAGGCAAAAAUUGAAGGAGUAGGUGGUCAUGCUGCAGCGCCCCACAUGAAUGUAGAUCCAGUGCUGGCUACAUCAUUCGCAAUUUUGGCACUGCAACAGCUUGUCUCAAGAGAAACUGAUCCUCUUCACAGUCAAGUGAUAUCAGUUACUUUUGUCAAAGGUGGAACUGCAUUUAACGUGAUUCCCUCCUAUGUGAAAUUUGGAGGCACAAUUAGGAGCCUGACAACUGAAGGCAUGUACCAUUUCAGACAGCGAUUAAAGGAGAUUAUUGAAGGGCAGGCAGCUGUGCACAGAUGUAAUGCUUAUGUUGAUUUCAAAGAAGAGUACUUCACCCCAUAUCCUGCUGUUGUUAAUGACAAUGAUCUGCAUCUCCAUGUGGAAAGAGUUGGCCAACUUCUGCUUGGUCCAGACAAUGUUCGUGAAGCCAAGAAGGUGAUGGCAGGUGAAGACUUUGCAUUUUUUCAACAAUUGAUUCCCGGAGCAUUGUUUUCCAUUGGAAUCAGAAAUGAAAAAGUGGGAGCAAUUCACUCUCCACAUUCCCCUUUCUUCUUUCUGGAUGAGGAAGCUCUUCCAAUAGGGGCAGCUCUGCACACUGCCCUUGCUGAGUUGUAUUUAAAUGAGCAUAAGCAUGCUGUUCAUUGA